GAUGGGAGCAGGAGGAGAGCUGCUGCUGCUGCGCUUAGUUAAUAGCCUGCUGCCGUCUGUGCAGCUCAUUCCCCUGCUUGGAGUCGCAGUGGAGGAUAUGUGAGACGAACCCUGAGAAUCCUGGACUGUUUUUUUGCUUGUUUUUCCUACUUUUCUUAUUUUUUGUAAUAUUCUGAUUCGCCAGGAGGAGAAUAAAACCACAUAGCACCUGCCCAGAGGCGCAGACUGGCUCCUACCCCUUACCUGAAGGAGCGUAAGAGCUGAAAAAGUGUCUGGACACCAUGGAAUACAAACCUUAACCUUGAAAACAGGCUGUAAGCUACCAACAAGAAGUUCUGUGGCUGCAGGAGCAGCUUAUAGCUGCGGUUCAUCCAUCCACUGUUGGAGGUUAUCUCUUCUUCUUGCUGCUGCUGAUAGAUAUAGAUAGGCUAGAGGGACCUGGGCUACUGGGUUACUUUGGCUUCUGACUGAUUGACUGACUUUUCGUUGGAGUAACAUUAGGCUACGGAGGGACGGAAUGAUUCCCAGAAGAUCGGCAGCCUUCAUAGCCCUGCUUUUCCAGUGCUUUACCUCCACAAACGGCCUGCUGGAGGGAGUUCCACAGCUGUAUCCUGAUGGAGACACACACCUGCGGCAUGUUGGUGGCUCGCUGAAACUCACCUGCAGAGGAUCCACCCAUCUGCAGUGGAGCCUGCCCAGCAGGAACCUGAGCUCUGAGGAUGUGCGAGUUGAGCGGUGCGGGGAGUCUUACUGCAGAGAGCUGGUGAUAAGCAACCUCAGUGCCAGUGACACCGGCCUCUACACCUGCAGCCAUCGCCACUCCAAAGACUAUAAGAGCUCCACCUAUGUGUUCGUUAAAGAUCGUCACAAUCCGUUCGUGGAGGUCUUCAGUACGAAGAUCCUGUCUGCGUUCAGGGAGGAUAAGACGCUGGUGAUCCCCUGCAGAACAACAUCUCCUACUCAGAAUGUCACACUGGAAACAACACCCGUCAUGUCAGAUGCAAAAUGGGAAGGUGUCAAGUGGGACCCAAAAGUGGGUUUCCAGAUUCCACUGGAACCAUUUGACUACUACAGCAUGUUCUUCUGUACCACCAGAGCCGACGGCAAGGACGUUACAUCUGACUUCAUCUUUAUGCGCCGCACCCGCGAACUGAACAAUGUACAGGCAACUGCAUUGUAUCCAAAAGUCCUGGCUGGAGACUCCAUGGUCCUCAACUGCACGGGGAAGACCACACAUAACGGCCGGAUAGAAUUUCAUUGGGAAUUCCAGAAAAAACCUGUCCGUCAACCUCACAGAAUACACAAGACGAGAGAAGAACAACAUGGAGAUAUCAUUGUGAUGUCUAACGCAUUAAUCAUACUUAAUGCUACAAUUAAAGACAAAGGCACCUACAAAUGCACAGCAAAGCUGGAGAAUCGAGUGGAGUAUGCUACAGCUAAGGUCACUGUGUUUGAGCAUCCUUUCCUCAAUGUGAGCAGAGGUCAUUAUAAGGAGGUUAUCAACAUUGCAGAAGGCAGAAGAUUGAUGCUCACCCCACACGUCAAAGCACUGCCUCCUCCAGAUAAAAUAGUUUGGUACAAGGAUGGCAACCCCAUCACAGACUCCUUAUGCUAUGAGACACAGGGUUAUAAUCUCACCAUCAAGGAGCUGAAGCCGAAGGAUGCUGGAGUCUUCACUAUCGGGCUCUCAAACCAGGAGAAGGGGCUUCAGAAGAACCUGAGCUACACAGUGCUGGUCAAUGUCAAGCCCAGGAUCUCUGAGGAGGAAGUGGCUCCUGUGGGCCCUCAGACCUACAGACACGGCCAGAAGCACCAUCUCACCUGUACUGUCAAUGGAUACCCCAUGCCCAACAUCACCUGGCUGUGGCAGCCGUGCCAACCCAACCCCCAGCUCACAGCGUGCAGUCUUUAUACUGAUCCAAUCACAGUUCAAAAGCUGAACUCAAGUUCCAACUACCCAACUAACUUCAUUAAUGGCAUCUCCACCUGGUCUGAUGUUUUAAAAGGGGAAAACAAGACUAUAAGCACCCUGGUUGUGACAGCUAACGUGUCGGGAGUCUACACUUGCAAAGCCAGUAACGUGUUGGGAGAACGGUCCAUACAGACCUAUUUCUAUGUGGAUGAUUAUCCACACUCUUUGGAGGUCGAGCCCUUGAGAGCAAUCGAGGGAGAUGACGUCACCCUGACUUGCAGAGGAACUCGGUUCCUGUAUGAUCGGCUGCGCUGGUACGAUCCUCAGAACCGCCUGGUCCACGAAGGCAGCUUCACACAGCGGGUCAGCCUUUACUCCGUCUCUCUGUCUCUCCAACUGAAGAACGUCUCCAAGAGUAACACAGCGGGCUAUCAGUGCAGGGCAGUCUGCCUCAGCUCCAACAAAGAGGCCCACACUAAUUCUACUCUAGUAAUUGAUGAGAGGAGCGUUCCUAAACUGCAGCAGAACCUGACCAAUCAGGAGGUGAACAGCAGCAGCACCCUGUUGCUGGCGUGCCUGGCUUUCGGCGUUCCCACUCCAUUUAUCACCUGGUACAAAGACAAGGUUCCUGUCUCUGAAGGGCCAGGAAUUACUCUGAAAGAUGAAGGGAUGCUGAUCAUCCAGAGAGUGAAGAAAGAGGACGAGGGGUUAUAUGAGUGUAAGGCCAAUAAUACUGAAGGCGUGGCGAACUCGAGCGCAGUCAUCACUGUACUGGGUGAUGAGGGCAAGACGAACAUCGAGGUGAUCAUCCUGGUGUGCACCGGAGCCGCCGCCACCUUCCUCUGGAUCAUGCUCAUCCUUUUCAUCCGCAAACUGAGAACGCCAAACUCUGCAGAUCUAAAGACAGGCUACCUGUCCAUCAUCAUGGAUCCAGAGCAGAUGCCUCUUGAUGAGCAGUGUGACCGUCUGCCUUACGACAGCAACAAGUGGGAGUUCCCUAGAGAUCGUCUCAGACUGGGUAAAACUCUGGGACACGGGGCUUUCGGGAAGGUUGUGGAGGCGUCUGCGUUUGGCAUCGACAAGCUCUCCACGUGCAAAACUGUCGCUGUUAAAAUGCUGAAAGGCGGUGCUACAAAUAACGAGUGGAGGGCACUGAUGUGUGAACUGAAAAUACUCAUCCAUAUUGGUCACCAUCUCAACGUGGUGAAUCUGCUGGGAGCCUGCACUAAACAAGGAGGUCCGCUGAUGAUAAUAGUGGAAUACUGCAAGUAUGGAAACCUGUCCAACUACCUGAGGAGCAAACGGGGAGAUUUUGUUGUGUAUAAGUCUCAGGACGGGAAGGCUCUGCGCUCGAGUUCAGGCUGUGAUCUGAGUGAGCUGAUUAAGCGCAGGUUGGAGAGCGUGGCCAGCACUGGAAGCUCGGCCAGUUCAGGCUUUAUUGAAGAUAAGAGCUACUGCGACUCGGAGGAAGAGGAAGAAGAGCAAGAAGACCUGUAUAAGCGAGUGCUGACCCUGGAGGAUCUAAUCUGCUACAGCUUUCAGGUGGCCAAAGGCAUGGAGUUCUUGGCUUCACGAAAGUGCAUUCACCGGGACCUGGCAGCCAGGAACAUCUUGCUGUCUGAAAACAACGUGGUGAAGAUCUGCGAUUUCGGACUGGCGAGAGACGUGUACAAGGACCCGGACUACGUUCGCAAGGGAGACGCCAGACUCCCUCUGAAGUGGAUGGCACCAGAGGCCAUAUUCGACAAGAUAUACACCACACAGAGUGAUGUGUGGUCCUUCGGUGUGCUGAUGUGGGAGAUUUUCUCACUGGGUGCCUCCCCGUACCCUGGCGUACAAAUUGAUGAGGAAUUCUGUUGCCGGUUGAAGGAGGGCACCAGGAUGAGAGCGCCUGAGUAUGCUUCAUCUGAAAUUUAUCAGACCAUGCUGGACUGCUGGCACGGAGAGCCGCUGGAGAGACCCACUUUUACAGAGCUGGUUGAGAGGCUGGGUGACCUGCUCCAGGCCAGCGUUCAACAGGAGGGAAAGCAUUACAUUCCUAUCAACACAGCCCUGCUGACCAAAGCGGAUCCAUCAAACCCCAUAGAAGAGAGCUCCACAGGAACGGUCUCUCACAGAGACUCGGGCAGCUCAUGGAACAUCAAGAUGCGUCCAGACAGCGUUAAGACUUUCGAUGAGGUAACCCUGGAGAAUGGAAUGAAUGAGAUCCAUGAGGGAGGUCAGACAGACAGUGGGAUGGGAUUCUCCUCAGAUGAUCUGAAGACCCUGAAGCAUCUGGAGUCCCUGACUCGACCUCUGAGCAUCAUGGCCCUGGCGUUGAAGAGCAAGAGUAAGGAAUCUGUUCUGUCGGAGGUGGACAAAGACAAGUACCCCCCUCCUGUCCCGUCACUGGACUUCAGUCUGGAAGACUCGUCUCUGGACCCAGAGCUGGAGUGCCACAGCCCACCACCCGACUACAACUACGUUGUGCGCUACUCCACCCCACCUGUCUGAAUUUACCUGAACUUAAAGACCACCAGGACUCACCAAAUCCCCCUUUCGCAACCCUGAGCAAACCCAGCUGACUGAUUUAAUACUUUAUCUGUUUUAUUCCCACUCUUUAAUUCCCUUUUUUCAAUUUUAGGCCAAAAAAUAAAGAUGGCAUGUCAUUUGCUCAGUGAGAUCGCUGAAGAAAAAGGCCUUAGAACUGCUACCUAAUAUGAUUUCUGGCACUUUUUCUGUAAGAGGUCCACCGGUGUACAGUAAUAAGAGCGUGUACUGCCUCCUAAAAGCUGCUGAACCACCUCGCCCUGCACCACUGUGAUAACCACAGACACAGCUAUGGACCACCUCAGGUAUUUCUGUUAUCUACUGUGAAGCCAAAAAGCACAACAUGUUACAGUUAAAACCCUCAUUUCUUCAGUCAGAUCUCAACAGCGUACAGAUCGGUGGCUGGUGUUUUUAAUGAUUCAUGCAGUCAGGAUGGAAAAAAGAAGGAAUUCCUUAUUGCUUUACUAAUCGGAGUAUUUUAUUGAAAUGGAACUGGAAACUUAUUUGAUAUAUUUUAUUUUAUUUCACAUUUUAAUUUAGAGUUUAUUUUAUACAUUACAGUAUGUGUACUAAAGCUCUUGAAUGGUUUCUUUAUCAUUAAGUACAUAAACUACCAUGAAUCACCAAAAUUCUUCCACAGUUCUUUUCUUGUACAGUAUAUGCAUAUUGUUUUAUAACAAAAAAAAACAAUCCCACUAUAGUCUCACUAUUCUACUCUGUCACAAUUAAAUCAACACUGUACUUUAACGAAAGAAAGGAGCAAAAGAAAGGUUUUGCAGGUGUAUGAUAAUCUGAUAAUCUUAAUGCUGAAUGAUCCUAAUGUGGUUCUGUGCCUUUUUUUUAUUGAAUAUCAGGAUUAUAUCUGGAUAAGCCCCAAGCCACUAAAAUUGCAAAAGUGUAAAGAUCAAAAUCCAAUCACUCCAUUUAAGAAGGUGAUCUGUGAUGCAUUUGAGCCUCAUAACUGCAGCACUAAAGCAUCUAUUUCUUUAGGAUGCAUUCUGAACAACUGAAACUUCUCUAAGAACAACCAAAACACCACUAAAAACAAAAGCAAUCAGAUCAAUAUAGCAAACAUAUUUCAUUCUGACUAACUGGAGACACAUUUUACUCCCUGUGAUGCUCAUUGCUAUCUUACACCCUGCCAACAGUCUAUUUUUACAUUUUUGGUCUGCAUUGUUUAAAUAGCAAAGGUGCUUGUGAAUAUAUCUACACUGAUGGGCAUAGUAGUGGUCAGGAAAUUAGGUAUGUUCAGGUAAGAGACGUCAACAGUCAGACGUUCAUGGCUGUCUUGGAAGUGAAUUGUCAACAUCAGGGUAGCUGCGCCAUUGAAAUAGCAAUCCGCCAAAAUCAGAGCGCACCUGGCUUUUAAAGGGAAUGGAAAGUGACACGCUGAUUGGUUUUUAUCACGUUACGCCCAAAACACACCCAUGAUUAAUUAAGAGAACUAGUAUAUGCCUUUUGCAUGUUUCUGUCUGUGCAAAACGAUAGCAAAGACUCACAGACCAGCCCUAAAUCUAGCUGCACAGUGCACAGCUACAUGGGGGAGUUCUGAUUGUCGAAUGCAUUUUGUAGAGAUGGAUUUGCUCACACUGCUGUAACAUGUGGCUCAAAUGCAAUAAUUGGAUUAAAAAAAAACUAAAUUGUAUCUGUUUU